CCCUGAAAUGCAGUCAUGAAAAGGACGUCUAGACUUUUCACUCAUUCUCUAUUUGGCCCCGUACUGAAAAUUUUGUUUCGUGAAGGAAAAAUGCCGAGCCUGGUGAACACGGAAAUUGAGGCCGCGGUCAAGGGCUUCCUCAUCGACCAGGAGAAGAUGACCGAGGUGGUGGAGCGCAUGACCAAGGAGAUCAAGAUGGGCCUGGCCAAGGACACGCAUUCGCGGGCGGUGAUCAAGUGCUUCGUCAGCCAUGUGCAGGAUCUUCCCACUGGCAAGGAGCGUGGCAAGUAUUUGGCACUCGAUCUGGGUGGCUCCACUUUCAGGGUGCUGCUCGUGAACCUGCUAAGCGAAUCGGACGUGGAGAUUGUCUCGAAGAGUUUCAAUUUUCCCGUAACACUGAUGUCCGGAUCUGGAAAGGCGCUAUUCGACUUCCUGGCCGAAUGCCUGUCGGAGUUUUGCCACUACCAUGGCCUGGAGAACGAGUCACUGCCGCUGGGCUUCACCUUCUCGUUUCCGGUCCAGCAGCAGGGACUCUCCAAGGGCAUCCUAGUGGCCUGGACCAAAGGAUUCAGCUGCGAAGGCGUGGUGGGCAAGAAUGUGGUAACUCUGCUCCAGGAGGCCAUCGAUCGCAGGGGCGACAUGAAGGUGAACACAGUGGCCAUUCUCAACGAUACGGUGGGCACCCUGAUGUCCUGCGCCUACUACCAUCCCAACUGCCGCAUAGGACUGAUCGUGGGCACCGGCAGCAAUGCGUGCUAUGUGGAGAAGACCGUGAAUGCCGAAUGCUUCGAGGGAUAUCAGACCAGUCCCAAGCCUUCGAUGAUCAUUAACUGCGAGUGGGGCGCGUUCGGGGACAAUGGUGUCCUGGAGUUCGUUCGCACCACCUACGACAAGAUCGUCGACAAGGUGACACCCAAUCCCGGCAAGCAGACGUUCGAAAAGUGCAUCUCGGGCAUGUAUAUGGGUGAGCUGGUGCGCUUGGUCGUCAUGGACAUGGUAGCCAGGGACCUUAUGUUCCACGGCACCACUUCCGAAAGGAUGCAGGAGCGCUGGAGCUUCAAGUCCUCCUAUAUUUCCGACAUUGAAAGCGAUGCACCAGGAGAGUAUCGCAGCUGCAACAAGGUCCUCAGCGAACUGGGCAUCGUGGGCUGCCAGGAACCGGACAAGGAGGCACUGCGUUUCAUCUGCGAGGCGGUGUCCUCCAGGUCGGCCAAGUUGUGUGCCUGCGGCCUGGUCACGAUCAUCAACAAGAUGAACAUCAACGAGGUGGUCAUCGGCAUCGACGGCAGCGUGUAUCGCUUCCAUCCCAAGUACCACGAUAUGCUGCAGUUUCACAUGAAGAAGCUCCUCAAGCCGGGCGUCAAGUUCGAACUGGUUGUCUCCGAGGACGGAUCCGGCAGGGGAGCCGCUCUGGUGGCGGCCACAGCUGUUCAGGGCAAGGCCAAGCUCUAAAUUCAAAGUUUUUCUGCUGCAAUACAUUGGAAGCGUUGCCUAAAUUAAUAUACAAGUCCUUAAAAUUAUAGUAAAAGAGAUAAAAAUAAAUUGUUUAAGAUCCA